AUGCCAGAACAGCAAGACCGACGUGAAAUAGGAACAACAAUUGGGUUUCAGUACACACCCACUGCUAAUGAGAAACAAGUCUUUCAUAAUGCAGCAAAGUACAUGCUGUCUUGUCACAUUGCUGGUAUUGUUCUGGGAAUGACUGUCGGCAUCUAUGGAAUUAGGAAGAUGUCUCUUAAGCCCAUUUCGAUUCGUGGCGGGUUUAUUCUGACUGGAGGGUUUGCAUUGGGUGAAUUGAUUGGACGAAGGUAUGGUAAUCAUCAGGCAGGUGAGAUGCUCAAAUUGGGUUUACCUCAAGACUCUGCGCUUCGGAUGAUGCUAGAAAGCAGUGAUAUUGGAUUUGACCUGUUUAAGCUGAGCAGAUCAGCUACGAUCAAGGCAGGUCCAUCAGCAGAAAUAGAAUUUGACUUUGAAUCAGCAUCGCCUCGACUGAUUGAAGAAGCGCUAAAGAAGCGUCGUGAAGCAGUAGUGACAAUUCAAAAAGUUGCAGAAGCUACUGGUGCACCUUCUUGGGAUAGUAUCCGACGCCAACACGAUAGUUCGAUUGUUACAACAUGGGAUCGAUUGAGGAAACAAAACAAUCUCGGACCACAAGAAACCCCUGAAUUAGAUCAUAGCGAUUCCAGACAGGAUAUUGGUAUGCGCCACGUCCAAAUGCAAUCCUAUGAGGAUUUGGAUGACUUUGAACAAGUGACUGUGAUUCCGCUAUCGUCAUCAGCACACGACAAGACUCAUGAUGAUGGUGAGGUAAAAUUACUUCCUCGUACUAGAGAGGAAGUGGAAGCAGCACAGGUAGUUUUAAAGAAACGAACCAACAAAUACGGAGAUUCGACUGAAUGA